AUGGACCGAUGGAGUGCGCCGCACAUAGCAGCAGAUCGGGGACACGAAGGGGCAGUGGAGGGACUUCUAGAAGAAGCAAAGAUUUUGACGGGAAAGGGAGUAGAGAUUGAUCAGAGGGAUAAAGAAGGAUGGACCCCCCUGCACCUUGGGGUUAUCAUGGCUCACAAGAGAAUUACAGAGAUACUUGUAGAGAGAGGAGCAAAUAUCUACGCUAAAAACAAUCAAGGGUGGAUGGCGCUACAUUUGGCCGCAGAGCGAGGGUUUGCAGAUAUAGUAGAGACAAUUGUAAGAAUGGGAGUGAGUGUUGACGCGACUAUGGAGGGAGGAUGGACUGCACUGCACUUGGCAGCGGCAAGAGGACAUGAUAGAGUUGUAGGAGUGCUUAUGAAGAAGGGCGCAGAU